AUGGAAAACUUAUGCGAAAAUACUUUUGACAUAUCACAAAAUAGUGAAAAUAUUGAGAACCAAAAUGAGGAAAUAAGUUCUCAAAAUAAAUCAGUAAAUAAAGGUGGACGUCCAAGAUCUGAUAUUUGGAAUGAAUUUAACUAUGGAGAAUCAGAUGGUAAAGGCCAUUAUGGUGCACAAUAUCGAUACUGUAUUAAAGGAAGGUGGAAACGGAGCAAACCUUCAGUUAUGGAAUCUCACCUAGCUCUCUAUUGUAAAGGCAAUAUUCCCGAUAAAAUAAGACAGCAUUGGCUAGUUCAAGUUGCAAAAAGAAAUGAUAAGGAUACUGACCAUAGUGAUAACAAAACUAAAAUUCAUUCUUAUUACAUUUCUAAUCUUCAAACUGAACUUAAAUUUUAUAGAAAAGAGUUGUCAGAGAGUGAGUUACAUGAAAGUGCAUUAAACCAAACAACAUAUGCAGAAAUAGAAAAUACUAACAUAAUGUUAGAACAAAAUGAAGAUAUUUUAACAUCUUUUCAUUUUUUAAAUCAUGAAAAACUUGAAAUAGACUUAAUUGUUAAUUUGUCAAAUACAAAUUUUGGUGGUCAAGGUGAUAAUGAAGAAGUAUCAUGUACAACAACAGCAAUACAAGGAAGUGAAAAUAUGGAGUUCGAACCUGCCACAAUAGUGGAAA